CCUCGUAGCGUGUGAGACGUGCCUCUCUCUCUCUCUCACCGUCUACACCCAGAGAUAUAGAUUUGUGGAAGAGGGCGUCGAGGGACCGAGAGAAAGCAUGGGGAUUCAUGGAUUGACGAAGCUCUUGUCGGACGAGGCACCAAACUGCAUGAAGGAGGUCGACCUAGACUCUCUGACAGGGCGCAAAGUGGCGGUCGAUGCCUCCAUGGCCAUGUACCAGUUCUUGAUCGCCGUUCGUUCCGGAGGAGAAGGCCAGUCACAGAUGCUCACCAACGAGGCCGGCGAGGUGACGUCUCACAUCCAAGGCAUGUUCAAUCGGACGAUUCGGAUGCUCUCCAAGGGCGUGAAGCCCUGCUACAUUUUCGAUGGGAAGCCUCCGCAGCUCAAGGGCGGGGAGCUUGCGAAGCGGACGGCCAAGCGCGCCAAGGCUGAGGCGGAGCUGAAGGUGGCUACCGAGGCGGACGACAAGAACGAUGUUGACAAGUUUUCUAAACGUCUGGUUAGGGUCACGCGGGAUCACAACGAGGACUGCAAGAAAUUGCUCAGCCUGAUGGGUGUUCCAGUGGUGACUGCUCCUUCUGAAGCUGAGGCGCAGUGCGCUGCUCUGGCUCGGGAGGGAGUUGUGUACGGCACCGCCACGGAAGAUAUGGACGCGCUCACAUUUCAAACUCCCAAGUUGCUGCGCCGCAUGACUUUUUCCGGUUCCAACCAGCCAAUUCUGGAGGUGGACUACCAGAAGCUUCUCCAGGGGUUGGAGCUCUCCCACGAAAAGUUUGUUGACCUCUGCGUCCUCUGUGGUUGUGACUACACUGGAUCGAUCAAAGGGAUCGGCCCAAAGAAAGCGCUUGCUCUUGUUCGUCAGCAUGGCACCAUCGAGGAGAUCAUCAAGCACCUUGACGCCAAGAAGUACCCAGUACCCGACGAUUGGUUGGAGCCCGCUGAGAGGGCCGAGAGGCGCAAGCAGGCAAGGCAGGAGGCAAAGGCAAGGAAGGAGGCCCGCGCGAAGGAAGAGGCCAAGGUGAAGGCUGAGACCGCCAAUCCUGAGGCUGUGAGCGAGGAAGACGUGCAACAGAAGGAGGGCGACUCCGACAGUGACAAGGCGAAGGCUGACACGCCGGACCACGGGGUCAGCGUUGCCAAGGAAGCCGCAGAUGUCUCCGCGAAACGCGAGCGAGAAACGGAAGAUGCCGCAGAGAGCGAACAAGAGAUGGACGACACCCCUCCAAUGUACCGUCAAGCCAGAGGACUGUUCCUCAAGCCUGAGGUGGAACCAGCCGGGGAGUACAAGCUGAAGUGGACCGACCCUGACGAGCCGGGACUGAUCAAGUUCCUCGUUGAAGAAAAGGGGUUCAACGCUGAACGCGUAGCGUCCGGCAUUGUUAAGCUCAAGGGCGCACGGAAGAACGUGUCGCAGAAGCGGAUGGACAGCUUUUUCAGCGUCAUCCCCAACCCGAAUGCUGGUGCCAAGAAGCCCGCCCCGAAAGCUAAAGCUGGGGCGAAAGGGAAGGCCGGGGGAAAGAAGCGGUAGAGAGAGUGAGCGGAGCUCCAAGAUCGACCUCAGCACAACCAAGAGACACUACGAACUACGAACGAAUAUGCCGAGGUCAACAAUACCGCAGCCUGCGGUCUGUCUGCUGUCCAUGAAUGAAAGAUGGGCAUCAGCAACGACGGCUGAAGAAAGGUCGAUUUGAGAUGUUUCGGGUUCCACGGAGAAGUGUGUGGCGGGAAGCUUUCGGUUUCAGCGAGGUUUCGAGGAAGUCCCCGAGAUUUUCUCUUAAAAUCAAACCAGGAUCUAAGGAGCCCCCUUGGUGGAGCAUUGUGAAAAAUAUUGUAGGUGCAGUCGUUCCAGAGACCAGAUGGCCACGACAGAGUGCAUCUUGUUGGAUACAACAGAAUGGUGACCGUAAAUCCAGACGCGGGGCGCUUCGCCCGCCCUGUCCUUUGUUGGGGGUACAGCCGUCCGCGUGCUUCGUAGAUAAUGUGGAGUAUGCCACGUGGAAGGUACUGUGUAUCAGAAGUGGUAGGCAAGAAUUUUUCUACAUUAUUAAAGAGCAGGUGUUUGCCCGCAUUUUG